AUGGACUUUGCAUUUGGGUCGUCGAUGGGUGCAAUGGCCACAACGCCUUCCCCAGGAUAUAUGAUGACUCCAUCUCCAUACUACGCCAGAACACCCUCGCCCACCGACCGAAGCAACAUGGUGUAUCAGCCACUCCCCAGCCAGGCACCCGAUGCAUCCUUCUUUGAGGAAGCAAUCGGAGGUUCUCCAAUGCCCCAGGACAUCCCAUUUGGCAUCAUCCAAGGGCCGUCCCAGUAUAGCACCGCACCAAAAAUUCCCGACUCUCCACAAAGGAUAAUGCCGACCGUUGAGGCCGACACAAAACCCAACCGCCGGACCCGGAAUCGACGACAAUCACAAGCAAGCUCGAGCAUGUCGGAGGAGAUGAGUGUCCCUGGUCUUGCCCCAGAGUCCCCGAAGCAGAAGAAGCGAGGUCGAAAACCCAAGAACGAACCAAAGGAGCCAGGUAAAGGGCGCCGGAAAGUGGAACUGGAUGAGGAUGAUCUUCCCAAGGACCCACGACGUCGACGCAUUCUCGAACGCAAUAGGAUUGCUGCCACCAAGUGUCGCCUGCGGAAACGGGAUGAAGCAUCAGCUCUUGCCUCCAGAGAGCAAGCCAUGGAAGACCAAAAUCGCUACCUCUCUUCCUGCUUCGACACGCUGACUGCUGAGAUCUAUCAUCUCAAGACCCAGCUCCUGCAACACACUGAUUGCAACUGUGUCCUUAUCCAGAAGUACAUUGCCAACGAAGCAAAGAAGACCGUUGACGGCCUGCUCUCUUGUUCUCAGGCAUUCCAGAUGGACAAUGACUCAAUGAGCCCAUACCGUCGAGGUUCAAGCAAUAGCGGCACCAGUCCCACAGAGUCUUUGGGAGUGCCUACACCCGAGUUUGAAGGUGUUUCGCCAACUUGGUCACAUCCCUUCCAACAAGCCCCAGCAUCAUCAGAAGUCAGCGAGGACAUGUUUGACAUGACCAUUGACCAGUACAACAAGGGCACGAUGGCCAUGCACGGCCAGCCCAUUUCCAACAUUCCCCUACCUAAUUCUGAGUCGGAGAUGUUCGUUGGCAUGGGGCCUCAACCCCAACAUGUGGACGGGAUAAACUGGGACUCUUCUUGGGGUUUUCGAUAA